CCUCAGUUUCCGGGCUCCAAAUGGUCACCGCCAAAAGAGUCACGACCGCCAGAACUUUGCAAUCCAUUUUGAGUAUAUACGUGUGUGUGGCUUUUGUCUGUCACAGCUAGCUUCCAGAGCUCAGUGUGGCGUCUCAGUUCUCCGCAAAGUGUUAAGACUGGGGACCACAGGGAAACACCCCCCUUUCUUAGGAGGAGGGGAGAAAGGAGGCGGGGGGAGUAAGUGGGAGAGAACGCUCCUCCGACAUCACCGCGACAGAGUUCCUGAAAUGUUCUGGCACUCAGAAGGUCACCUCAGAAGAUUAGGAGAUUGUCUAAAAGAGUUUCAGAGUGAAACUGUCAAGAUGACUUUUCCAUUACCAAGGACGUAUGAAGGUAUAUCUGUGCAAUCUAUGCAAAGAAGUUUGUUGGCCACAUUUGGCACCAUGAGCUUCACUGGAAUGGCUCGGGCUCUUAAUGGAACGAUACUCGACUCAGAAGAUGCAAAAACUAAAGCAGUUAUUUAUGAAGACAAGCUGUUCAAAAUAACACUGUUAACCGUGGCACUGUGUGUUCUGACAAUAACAGGAAUCAUCAUGUGUUUCACACACUACAAACACAGGAGGAAGAGUAAGCAUGCUUUUGUGACCGAUGUGCGGAGUGAGGUACCUAAAGUGGACCUUACAUACGUGAAAAGAACCCAGAGUUUCCGGAAACUGUCCAGGAGACUGGAGGAUCUGAAAGACAACUCUCAUAACUACAACAUCUUCAGCAACCCUAUACACGUGGUACCAGAGGACGACGACAUGGACGCUCAUAAUGCAUCUAUGCACACUCCACUUACACUGGAGGACUACGCCAAAGACCACAAGAGUGGCAUCACUCUAAACCCACCCAUUUUCUACAUGAAGCUGUAGAAC